AUGAAGGCAGCUCUUCUGCUCGCGUUUGCCACAUCGGUGCUGGGGCAGCAGACCGUCUGGGGCCAGUUGGUCCAACGACGUGCACCUCUGGCAACUGCUGCAACGCAGUCAACCCAUACUACUCUCAGUGUAUUCCCGGCAAUUGCGGAGGCGGCCAGGCCACCACCACGCUCGUUACCAGCAAAACCACGACCAGCGGGGCCGGCCCAAACAAACCCUAGCUCCCCUGGAGGUUCGGGCAACACCUCCCAGGGAUGUGGCAAGUCCUCCACUCUGAAGAGCGGGACAUUCUCGACCACUGUGAACGGGAAACAGCGACAAUACAUCUUGGCGCUGCCCGACAACUAUGACCGCAGCAAAUCUUACAAGCUCAUCUUUGCUCCCCACUGGCUCGGUGGAACCAUGCAGGACGUGGCCAACGGAAAUUACUACGGCGUCAGACCGCUGGCCGGUAACAGCGCUAUCUUCGUCGCUCCGCAGGGUCUGAACAAUGGCUGGGCCAACGAGGGCGGCCAGGACAUCACCUUCUUCGACCAGAUUCGGGAGAAGCUCCAGUCCGAGCUCUGCAUCGACAAUGACCAGAUCUACUCGAUGGGCUGGAGUUACGGCGGUUCCAUGUCCUACGCGCUUGCCUGCGCGCGACCAGACGUCUUCCGUGGCGUGGCCGUCAUGAGCGGUGCCAACCUCAGCGGAUGCAGCCCCGGCACCCAACCCGUGGCUUACUACGCCCAGCACGGCGUCUCCGACAAUGUCCUGCCCAUCAACCUGGGACGCUCCAUCCGCGACACCUUUGUCAAGGACAACAAGUGUACGGCCCAGAACGCCCCGGAGCCGGCGGCAGGCAGUGGGAAGCACAUCAAGACGGUGUACAGUGGGUGCUCGAGCGGGCACCCCGUCUGGUGGAUUCCCUUUGAUGGUCCUCACGAGCCUCUGGCGACAGACCGCGGAGCGGGUUCUCCGUGGACUCCGGGUGAGAUUUGGAGCUUUAUCUCUCAAUUCUCUUAG